UCCUCCUGCGUCCUAGAGCCGCAGCCCCCCGCGCGUGUGGCGGACCCUGGGGACGCCAGGUCACCCUGCGGCCCCGGCCUCCCGCCGCGCUUCAGGCAUUAUGGUCAUGAAAGCUUCUGUAGAAGAUGAUGAUUCAGGAUGGGAGCUCAGUCUACCAGAAAAGAUGGAAAAAAGCAAUACAAGCUGGGUGGACAUAACCCAAGAUUUUGAAGAAGCUUGUCGAGAAUUAAAGUUGGGAGAACUGCUUCAUGAUAAGCUGUUUGGUCUUUUUGAAGCCAUGUCUGCCAUUGAAAUGAUGGAUCCCAAGAUGGACGCUGGCAUGAUUGGAAACCAAGUUAAUCGAAAAGUUCUCAAUUUUGAACAGGCUAUUAAGGAUGGCACCAUUAAAAUUAAAGACCUCACCUUGCCUGAAUUGAUAGGGAUAAUGGAUACUUGUUUUUGCUGUUUGAUAACAUGGUUAGAAGGCCAUUCCUUGGCACAGACCGUAUUUACGUGCCUUUACAUUCAUAAUCCAGACUUUAUAGAAGAUCCUGCCAUGAAAGCUUUUGCUCUGGGAAUCCUAAAAAUCUGUGAUAUUGCAAGAGAAAAAGUAAAUAAAGCUGCUGUUUUUGAAGAGGAAGAUUUUCAGUCAAUGACAUAUGGAUUUAAAAUGGCUAACAGUGUGACAGACCUUCGAGUUACAGGCAUGCUAAAAGAUGUGGAGGAUGACCUGCAAAGAAGAGUAAAGAGUACUCGAAGUCGACAAGGAGAAGAAAGAGAUCCAGAAGUUGAACUGGAACACCAGCAGUGUUUAGCAGUAUUCAGCAGGGUGAAAUUCACUCGAGUGUUAUUGACAGUGCUUAUAGCCUUUACUAAGAAAGAGACCAGUGCUGUUGCAGAAGCUCAAAAAUUGAUGGUUCAAGCAGCAGAUCUUCUUUCUGCCAUUCACAAUUCAUUGCAUCAUGGCAUCCAGGCUCAGAAUGAUACUACAAAAGGAGAUCAUCCAAUUAUGAUGGGUUUUGAGCCCCUUGUUAACCAGAGGCUACUUCCACCUACCUUCCCUCGAUAUGCAAAAAUAAUUAAAAGGGAAGAAAUGGUCAACUAUUUUGCAAGAUUGAUAGAUAGAAUAAAAACUGUUUGUGAAGUGGUCAAUUUAACAAAUUUGCAUUGUAUCCUGGAUUUUUUCUGUGAAUUUAGUGAACAAUCACCUUGUGUUCUUUCAAGAUCUCUAUUGCAAACCACUUUCUUGGUGGAUAACAAAAAAGUUUUUGGAACCCAUCUCAUGCAAGACAUGGUGAAGGAUGCACUUCGGUCUUUUGUCAGUCCUCCGGUGCUCUCCCCAAAGUGCUGCCUAUAUAAUAAUCACCAGGCUAAGGACUGUAUUGACUCCUUUGUUACUCACUGUGUUCGGCCCUUCUGUAGUCUUAUUCAGAUCCAUGGACAUAAUAGGGCUCGACAGAGAGAUAAGCUUGGGCAUAUUCUUGAGGAAUUUGCUACCUUGCAGGAUGAGGCAGAGAAGGUUGAUGCAGCCCUUCACACUAUGCUGUUGAAACAGGAACCUCAGAGGCAACAUUUGGCCUGUUUAGGUACCUGGGUCCUGUAUCAUAACCUUCGAAUUAUGAUCCAGUAUCUUCUGAGUGGCUUUGAAUUGGAACUCUACAGCAUGCAUGAGUACUACUACAUAUAUUGGUAUCUAUCAGAAUUCCUUUAUGCGUGGUUAAUGUCAACAUUAAGUCGUGCUGAUGGCUCUCAGAUGGCAGAGGAAAGGAUCAUGGAAGAGCAGCAGAAAGGCCGGAGCAGUAAAAAAACAAAGAAAAAGAAGAAAGUUCGCCCAUUGAGCCGAGAGAUCACAAUGAGCCAGGCAUAUCAGAACAUGUGUGCUGGAAUGUUUAAAACCAUGGUAGCAUUUGACAUGGAUGGCAAAGUACGAAAACCCAAGUUUGAGCUGGAUAGUGAACAAGUUCGAUAUGAGCACAGAUUUGCUCCAUUCAACAGUGUAAUGACCCCACCCCCAGUGCACUAUCUGCAGUUCAAGGAAAUGUCUGACCUCAAUAAAUACAGCCCUCCUCCUCAGUCUCCAGAACUGUAUGUGGCAGCUAGUAAGCACUUUCAACAGGCAAAAAUGAUCCUGGAAAAUAUCCCAAACCCAGACCAUGAGGUGAAUAGAAUUUUAAAGGUUGCCAAACCCAACUUUGUGGUCAUGAAGUUAUUAGCAGGAGGACACAAAAAGGAAUCUAAGGUUCCUCCUGAAUUUGAUUUCUCUGCUCACAAAUACUUUCCUGUUGUGAAACUUGUUUGAGAGACACUGAAUGGGGACCACCAAGGGGCAGAAUCUACUUUCAGAUUCUAAGGGGAUCCAUCCGUCAAUCUCAGCACAUAACAUGAAGUGAAAUGGAUUUCUUGGAUAACAGCCUAUUAUAAGAAAUACUUUUAAUUUGACAGCCUUAUACGAUGUGAAUGAAAACUGCUGUUUUAAAGUGGUUUAUGUUCCACGGAUGAAACUGGGCUUACUGAAUGCGGUGAUGAACGUUACAUGGUUUUAUUACAGAUUUAAUCAUAAAUCAUUUUUUAAUGAAUGAGUGAAAAUAGUGUUUGUAAAGGUUAAUAAAUUUCUUGACAAAAAAAAUGCACUACUGGAAAUGAAAAACAACAGCACUUUGUUGAUGCAUGUUAGGAAUUGAAGGUGUUUACUCUUGAGUAGUUCAAACAUUACUCAAAAGAAGUUUCAAAACAAGGGAUUGAUCAAACAUGUGAAUGGGGUUUUGGCAGAAUACAUUUAAAAGGGAAUAUGCAGGGUGGGGGAACCUCUAACCUACCUAGGGAGACUAAAUUACAUGGGGAUUGUGAUUUUGUGUCAUGAUGUCUUAAAUUAUAUACCUAUAAGGAUAUAGAAGUUUUUUUUUUUUUUUUAACAUCCUUUAACUGUUCCUUUUGGCACUUUUAAAACAUUAUGCAUAAUGUUUGCUACUGACAUUAUUUAAGAGGUAAGAAUGUGUAAAUUUUUAGGGUAAGGUUUCAAUAUGGCAUACUCCUUUUUGUUUACUACUACAUACUCAAUUUAACCCUUGAAAUGUUUUCACUGGGGUUCUUUCCAGUAUCUGCUAGCUUCGAAAACUUAAAGGUACAGUUGGAUUUAAGUGCCCAGUGCCAGAGGCCCUACCCUAUCCUUUGCUGCUUAUUCUAAUUCCUGUCUCAUGCUGCUGUGGAGUUUUAUUUUGGUUUAGAUUGUAUCAUUUUAUUCUAAGGACUAAGGAUAGAAAAUAAGCAUUUGUCUCAAUUGGUUAGGGCCUUGGUUUAUAAAACUCAUAUGAAGUUUAUGCAUAAUUUAAAGAAGAUAAUACUUCAAAGUCCUUUAACUUUCCCAAAGAUGUGUUUCACAGGCACACCAACAAGGCUGGAAGCAUUUUAUUUUAGCUUUUAAAAAAGUGCAUGUGAUGAUAGCAACUUUGAGUAAUUCUUCAAUGUAUGCAUCAUCAGAAUUUUAUAAGGCAGUUUUUAAGGGACAGUGUUUUGUACACUUUAAGAAAGUAUUGCUCUCUUUGUGGAGAAAUAAGACAUUUUCAAAGUCUAAGCUAAUGAUACGGGGGAAAAAAACAUCGCCUACAUUUAAUGGAAUCUUUUUGUAUUUUUUGGAAAAUCCAGAGACAAGGAUUAGAAGUUGUAGAGUAUCCUAUUAACUACCAAUUAUUUAUAAUUAAUAAUCUCUUAGUGGGAGUAGACCAAU